AUGUCAACAAACACAUCAAGUAGAAAAAGGGUUUUCAACGUCCAUGAGGCCAUUUCCUUUAUUGAAGAAGAUGGCGAUGAUAUCAGGCAUGUCGAUAUCUUUUUGCAGCCUCCGGGUGAAGGGUCACUUUCAGACGAGGAUAGUGGUGACGAGGACAAUGGUGCUGGAAUAAAUAAUCUAUCUAAACAGCAACUUCUCGCCCAAGCAGAUGUCGUCGUUCAGUUUAUGUCUGGUGAAGAAGUCUCAUUAAGCGCAGUUGACGAUGAUACGCCCAAUGAUGUACAUGUACCGAAUCUCGAUGAAGGACAGAACAUUCAAGCUACACCGUCAGAAGUAUCCCGUAAACGGUUUACGUCAUCGUAUACUCCAGUACCACCAUCACAAUGGAGAAAAAUAGACAUUCAACAGAAUUUGACAACUCAACGAGUCUGGGACCAAGAUCCACCUGAAUUCCUAUCAGCAUCUGUUUCUCCAACAACUAUGUUUGAAUGGUUUUUAGAUGACCAAGUUGUUGAAUUGCUUGUAAAUGAAACAAACAAGAGAUAUACAGCAGCUCGCCAUAUUGGUCGACCACCUUCAACACAUGCUAGUCGAUGUGACAAAAAGGUUCCCCUUGAUGUGAGGACAGACGGCCGCAACCACUACAUCGCUUCUGGUGGUACUCAGAGAAGAUGUGCAGAAUGUGGAAAAAAGACCAUGAUGAUGUGUGGAAAAUGCAAUGUUCCCAUUCAUUUAAAUUACAGCUUUGCAUUUCAUCGACAAGGAAACUGA